AUGGGCCCUCUGUCUCCUGCCAGGACCAUGCGCCUCUGGGGGCCUCGGAGCCUGGGGGUGGCUUUGGGAGUCUUCAUGACCAUUGGAUUUGCCCUCCAGCUCUGGGGCGGGCCCUUCCAAAGGAGGUUCCCUGGGCUGCAGCUCCGACAGCCCUGGGCCCCCUCCCCAGGACCAGCUGUUCCAUCCUGUCCUCCCCGGCAGCGACUGGUGUUCCUGAAGACGCAUAAAUCCGGGAGCAGCUCUGUGCUAAGCCUGCUUCAUCGCUACGGGGACCAACGGGGGCUGCGCUUCGCCCUCCCUGCCCGCUACCAGUUUGGCUACCCGAGGCUUUUCCAGGCCUCGUGGGUCAAAGGCUACCACCCUCAGGGUGAAGGCACCCAGCCCCCCUUCCACAUCCUCUGUCAUCACAUGAGGUUCAACCUGAAAGAGGUACUUCAGGUCAUGCCUUCUGACAGCUUCUUCUUCUCCAUUGUCCGAGACCCAGCGGCUCUGGCCCGCUCUGCCUUCUCCUACUAUAAAUCCACCUCCUCAGCCUUCCGCAAGGCACCUUCCUUGGCUGCCUUUCUCGCUAACCCUCGAGCCUUCUACCGACCUGGGGCCCGUGGAGACCACUAUGCUCGCAACUUGCUAUGGUUUGACUUUGGCCUCCCAUUCCCCCCCGAGAUGAGGACCAAGAGAGGAUAUCCUCAUCUCCCUGGUGACCCCAACCCCCCAGCGCUGCACAUCCUGCCUUCUGGCACUGGCUCUCGAGCCCACACCCUGGAUCCCAAUGCUCUCUUCCCUCCUGCUCCCCCCACUGCUGAUGGUCACAGCCAGACGCCCAGCCCCGCUGCUUUAGACUUGGGGUCUUCAUCCUUCAUCCAGUGGAGUCUGGCCUGGCUGGACUCCGUCUUUGACUUGGUCUUGGUGGCCGAGUACUUUGACGAGUCAUUGGUUCUGCUGGCAGAUGCCCUGUGCUGGGGCCUAGAUGAUGUGGUGGGCUUCAUGCACAAUGCCCAGGCUGGAAGUGAACGGGGCAGAAAUGCAGUCAGCGAUGGUGGACUGACCACUGAGGACAGGCAACUAACUGCACGGGCUCGAGUCUGGAACAACCUGGACUGGGCUCUUUACGUUCACUUCAACCGCAGUCUAUGGGCUCGCAUAAAGCAAUAUGGCCAAGGUCGCCUGGAGAGUGCGGUGGCGGAGCUCAGGGCUCGCCGAGAGGCCCUGGCUAAACACUGUCUGCUGGGCGGUGAGGCUUUAGACCCCAAAUACAUCACUGACCGCCGGUUCCGCCCCUUCCAGUUUGGAUCAGGUAAGGUUUUGGGCUAUGCACUUCGGAGUGGACUGAGCCUCCAAGAGCGGGAGGAGUGUGAGCGCCUGGCUACCCCGGAGCUACAGUACAAGGACAAGCUGGAUGCCAAGCAGUUCCCUCCAAAAGUCUCUCUGCCCUUCAAGACUUCAAAGCUACUCGCCCCAUAG